UCUUUCUUAUUAUUAAAACUAUAUUUGCAAUAUUUUUUAGUCAUUCAAAGAGACUAUGUCUCGUUCCAUUUACUUCAUGGUAUUUCUUGUCUUGGCAAUGACACUCUUUGUUGCCAAUGGGGUGCAAGGUUAUAACAUUUGCAAAACAACAAGCAAAUACUUCAAAGGAACAUGUAGGAUUGACACUUUAUCUUUAUGUAUAAAAGUUUGUAUCGAGCAGGAUAAAUUUGAGCAUGGCCAUUGUAACAACGUCCAAAAGAAGUGCCUAUGCACUAAGCCAUGUGUAUGUGACAAUAUUCCUAAUGAUGAUCGAACUAUUUUGGUUGAGGAUGCGUAAACUCUCGAAGCAGAAUUGCUUGAAGAAGAGAUUUUCAAGGCAUAAUUCAGUCUGAUUAUAGAUUUAGUGUCACACAAAACUAAAUAAAGUGUUUCCUUUCUUAAAAGGGUAACUUAUAAUGUUGUGGUCUUGGCCUAUAGUAGCCAUUUUCCACGUUAAAUAAGUUGUAACACAUCAAUCCUUUAUGUAUCUUAUAUUAAGUUUGUGUGUUUUUUAAUGAAAAGAGAUCAUCUACGGUCUAUAAGUAUGAAAUGCAUUCAUCUAA